AAACCAUUUAUCACAUUUUGCAAAACACAUCAAAAUGGAUGUAUUCAAGAUUUUCUUCGCUCUCAUUUGCGUUUCGGGAUUGUUUUUAGUUAAGCCAUCUCUCGCUCAAAACUCACCUAAGGACUAUCUCAAUGCCCACAAUGCAGCUCGCAAAAUGGUUGGCGUUGGACCAUUGUUUUGGGACCGAAAACUAGCAGCCUAUGCUCAAAGCUAUGCUAAUAAACGCAUGCGUGACUGUAAGCUAGUGCUCUCGGGUGGCCCGUAUGGCGAGAACCUUGCAUGGAGUAGCGAUCGUAGCCUCACAGGCGUCGGGGCAGUGAAGCUAUGGGUUAGCAAGAAGGGAUUCUACAAUUACAGGUCCAAUAAAUGUGUUGGUGAUCAGAGUUGUCUAGCAUACACUCAGGUGGUUUGGAGACGUUCGAAGAAGCUGGGAUGUGCUAGAGUUAAGUGCACCAAUGGUGGUACUUUUGUGAUUUGCAGCUACAGCCCUCGAGGCAACAUUUCUUCUCAACGGCCAUAUUAA